AUGAAGCAAACUCCAAGAACAAGAUCAGGCACGAGGAAACUUAGAGAGGAGUUCAACAAGUCUGUAGAGAAUCUCAUCACACUCAUAGAGCAUGAAGAAUUUCGAGACGAUGAGAUUAGCAACGAAAUACAAGAAGAUGCUCAAAAGCAAGUCAAGACUACAACUUUACUUACGCCUGUUCUUCAAGGAAUUAAGGAAACAGCUUUGUUCACCAUUUCAAGAGAAGAUCAAGCCAUCUAA